UUUUUAGUUGCAGAGAUGUCAUACCUUUUUUUUUUUUUUUAAUUGCCGGAACGCCAACAAAAACACCUGAGACAAAAGUAAGACCAGCGAGGAUAAGAAGCAAGGGGGAAAAAAGGCGGCAUACUUUGACUAUCUCCCGCCUUAACCAAUUUCAAGGCAACCCAUUCUAUCAGUAGUUACUAUUCAGCCCACCGAGAUCUACCAUUCCAUCCAACAAUGUGCACCCUAGAGAAGCGUGGCAAUCUCUUCAUCCUAAUCCUUACCAACAACGAGGAGCACCGCCUCGACCCCACCUUAAUCACCACCAUCCUAUCGACUCUCUCCCAAGUCAAAGCCCAAGUCACCCAAGCCUUUGUCCUCAUCACCAUCUCCCACGGAAAAUUCUUCUCCAAUGGCUUUGAUCGCUUGGGCCCGAGCUGCAAGAUCCAAGGAAGGGGCCGCAGGAUGACUACAUCACAUGGUCGAAUCUUUCAAACUGAUCAUCGGCGCGUUCCUCUCCCUCACGAUGCCCACCAUCGCCGCCAUGACAGGUCACGCUGUUGCCGCCGGCCUGAUGCUCGCCUUCAGCCACGACUACGUCUUUAUGAGGCGCGACAAAGGCGUGCUUUACAUGAGUGAAAUCGAUAUCGGUCUCACGCUCCCGGACUAUUUCAUCGCCCUGGUAAUCGCCAAGAUUAGCUCAGCUUCGGCUCGACGAGAAUCAUUGAUGUGCGGGAGGAAGAUAAGAGAGGAUGAAGCCGUGAAGAUGGGGAUUGUGGAGGCGGCGCAUGAUAACGAAGAUGAGGUGAGGAAGGCUAGCGUGCGCCUGGGAGAGGAGUUGACAAAAAGGAACUGGAAAGGGGAAGUGUACGCUGAGACCAGGAAAGGACUAUAUCCGGAGGUUUGUGACAUGCUGGGAUUGGUUAGGAAUGCCAUUGCAACCCCAAGUAUUUGAUAUACAUGAUUUGGCACAAAAAAGAAAUGUUCUUGGUUUGCUUUGGAUAUCAAUGACUGAUUGUUGUGGUUGGAAUAAUGCAUAAAUCACAAGUGUUAAACCCCAAUCAAUUUAGGGUUUUAUGCAAUGAUAAUUAUGUUACAGUAUAUGUAUAAAAAAAAAUAAUGUAGCAGUAUAUUC